GUUUCUUCUGAUCUUAUCCAACGUGCUAAGGAUAAGCAACUCAAGGUUAAGGGACCUGUUCGUCUUCCUACCAAGGUUCUCCGUAUUACUACUCGUAAGUCACCCUGUGGUAAUGGUUCUGAGACCUUUGACCGUUUCGAGAUGAGAAUCCACAAGCGUUUGAUUGAUUUGCACUCUCCCUCUGAGAUUGUUAAGCAAAUCACUUCUAUUUCCAUUGAACCUGGAGUUGAAGUUGAGGUCACUAUUGCUUAA